AUGAUAAAAAAUAGAAAGAUUAAAAAUAGUAAUAAUAACUAUAAGCGAAGAACCCCAAUAGAACAAGAUGAAGCAUUGAAAGAGGCAGAAAAUUGUAAUAAAGAUAAAAAUGGGGAUGAAGACAAUAAAUUAUUAAAACUAAAGACAUCAAAAAGUCUUAAAGAAUUUCAAAAUAUGCGAUUAAAGAAAAAGGGAAUAAAUGCCGAUAAUUUAAUUGGGGAAAAAAAAGAAUUAGAAAAAAAUGAAAAAAGUGAUAAAUUAUUAGAAAAAAAUUUUACAAAAAAUUUAACGGAAAAAGAAAUAGAAGAAGCACAUAUACAACUUUUUAUACAAAAUAAUAUGAAAGAAUUUUAUGAACAAAUUGAUAAUAAAGAAGAAAAUGACGAAGAAAAAAAAGAAAAUUAUAAUGAUAUUAUUAAAAAUUUAUACAAAUUACCUGAUGAUUUAAAAGUUAAAACAUCUACAAAUAAUACACAAGAAAGAUUGAACUGUUUCACAGGGAUAAAUGAAGUACCAUUACCAUUAGAAAUGAAAUUAAAAAAUAUUGAAGAGACUGAAAAAAUUAAAAGACAACUUUUAAAAAAGGCAAAAUUUAUGAACACGAAAACUAAGUAG